GAAGUGUAUUGUUAUUCAUAAUAAUACUACUACUAAUAAGAGAGGGGCACUUUACACUUUUAGACAAACGGGGCAGGGGCUUGAGUCCCCCUUGUGCACGCCACUGGCACCAUCUGUUUCUCUGGACAAGUAAAUUAGAGAUCAGGUUAUGGGGAUAAAUGUUUAUUUACGAUAAGGCUUAGGGGCAGAUGAUGGAGCUCUGUGAUAAAUAUCACGGUAAACAUUUCUGAGUAAUUCUGUAUUGUCAAGUGACGUUAUAGCGUUUACUGAGAAUUGUUCUAUUCGAAUUAGAAAUAUAGAAUCAGAAGGAGAGUCAUUGCCAGGUAUUCUUGCACAUACGAGGAGUUUGUUUUAGGGCCUUACACCUGGUCACUUCAUGUGUUUUCUCUGAUCCGAUAGCUAUCUAAUUUGUUAAAACUGUUCCAUUUACAUUAGACCACAUAAAUGCGUCUUGGCGAAUCGGAUAUCAAUCCGAUCUUUCUACUCCCGCCCAAUAUGCAAAUAUAUUUUACCUCAUUUCCGGGGUAAUUGAAAUGGAACACGCUUUGGUGUGUGCGGUUGCUACAAAAACAGCAUUUACUGUUUGCUGCAUUUUCGCUGGUGGCAGCAGUGCAUUUUAAGACCAAACGAGACACCUGGGUGAAAGAUCGGAGCCAGGCGCUGGUGGGAAAACAUUUGUUUCUGGCGCGAUGCACGACCUGCGAGUCACCUGCGAGUGACGUACUUCCAUUUGGGGGGAGUAUAGCGCUGACGUAUGUGGCUUGAACAACCACAUGCAUUUACACCUGUCCAGUGUCAUCUGAAAUGCGUCCCAGACCACCUCCUGAAGUGGUUUGAACGAUCGGAUUUAUAUCCGUCUCGAAAACGGUUCGGAGGGCAUUUACACCUGGAAUUUUUCCGAUCGGAUAGCUAUCGGAUCACAGAAAACGCAUGAAGUGACCAGGUGUAAAAAACCCCAUAGUGUUGUAGUGCUUCCAGUACACAGAGACAACACCGCACAGACAGUAAAAAUAAGUGUUUGAGCCCUUGCACCAUCUUGAUUGUAUCUGUUUACGGAGAAUAAGAAGCAGAGGAAAUCAAUAAAGAUCGGAGGUCAACCUGGUUUAAGAUCAGUGAUGAGAGAGCCAGCAAUACAAGUCUGAGUGGAGACGCAAACAUUUGCGUGUUGUUUUUCAGACACUGACGAGCAAUCGGGUGCAGUAUCCAGCAACAGAUAGAACUAAUCACAAUUAAUUAUGACUUACUACAACAGAGAACUGGUUAUGUACUACAUCAAGUACAAGCUCUCCCAGAGAAACUACCCCUGCAACCACAUUUGGCUCACAGAAAAUACGAAUGGAACUGAAGGAGGCCAAGUGGAGGAAAGGAACACAGAGGGAGCGGCCGAACUGGAGACACUGACAUCGGUAGUUAACGGCUCAGUGAACGGGACAGGUUCAGCAGGGACUCCUCCACGAUCGCCGGCUUUGUCCCGCCAGGGGCAGGUGAACGACAUUGCGAGCCUUGAGGCAGUAAAGGAGGCUUUGCGUGACUCGGCCGACGAGUUUGAGCAGCGUUAUACCCGCGCCUUUAGUGACAUGUCGUCACAGUUGCAUAUCACUCCAGUCACGGUGUACCAAAGCUUUGCAAGUGUGAUGCACGAGGUGUUCCGUAACAGUGUCAACUGGGGGCGGAUCGUGGGAUUGUUUGUCUUCGGAGGUGCCCUCUGUGUCGAGUGUGUGGAAAAGGAGAUGAGUACGCUAGUGCCACGUAUCGCAGAGUGGAUGACCACCUACCUGGACACCAACAUCCAGCCCUGGAUCCAAGAGCAAGGAGGAUGGGAGCGCUUUGCAGAAAUCUAUGGGAGUGGUUCAGCAGCAGAGAGCAAAAAGUUACAGGAAAGGGGCAAGUGGCUGCUGGCAGGGAUGGUGCUGGUGAUGGCGGUGGCUUUGGGCUCCUACUUCACUCAUAGGCGCCUGUAAAGAUUACUGAAGACAGAUCAUCGGCCUCCACCCAGUAUACACCUCAAACAUACAUGAAGGAACUUUUACCAAGAGAAAUUUGAUUAUUUUUUUUGUUUUGUACUUGUUUUGUUUUCUUUGCCAAGCAUUGUCAUGUUUACACCCACCUCCUCCAAAUACUCUCGUGGUGCAUUGUGGGCCAUGUGAGUGGCCCAAGCACAACUGUAAACUUAUAAUAUACACAGUCCCAACCUGGUGAAACAUGACUUUUUGGCCCAAAAACAGUGAUGUUGCUCAAUAUCAUGACUUGCAUUACUUGUCACUUUUUUUAAAGAAUUGAUUGAUUUUCAAAGACUUUCCAAACGGAUCAGCUUAUUUCUGUUUGUUCUGAGUUUAACCAAAACUCAUCAUUUACUGCUUUAGUCUUUUAAAAAAUAUAUACACCUUAUAAUUUUAUCUUCAAAGAUGACAGCAAGUAGCAAUGAUGCAGAGCUUUUUUGAGAGGGGAGUUUAAGUGAAGCUACUACUCAUAGAGUCUAAAUGGAAUCUCAGUCAUGUUUGUAAAAUAAACUAGCGGACAUGUUGAAAAUCUUGCACUACAGUUCAAGCCCUUUUUGAGUCCACCGUGGGAGCUUUUCCCAUGUGGGGUAUUUACCAGUACGCGACAAUGAUGGGACAGAUUUUUGCCUAACCCAUGUGGUCAACUUUGAAGAUAAAUUCCGGAAAAUUCUGUAGUUUAAUGUAGAGUUCCAGGCUUUGUGUCUAAAACGUGCCCAGAAAUGACGUGUGAUUCUUCGUGUGGGAUUUAUGAUGAGGGUCAGAAGCUUUUCAUUUCUCUAGAUUACCAAGUGCUCACCGAGAUGUGUGAGCCUGUUCUGAUUAAAGAGCAAUUCAGUUAAAUUUCAUUGUGUGUUUCUUUAUGUUCAUUAUUAAACCUAAAUUGGUUGAAAUUGGUGGUAACUUUCUUUACACCUUUGGGAGUAUUGUAAUGAGAGCUAGAGCUGGCCCUUUCCUCUCUGUUAUUGUUGCCACACUGCAUCAUAAAAGCGUAAUGUGUAAUUGACUAAACUUAGAUUAAAACGCAUCUCGACAAGAGUCCACUGUGUCUUGUGUGGUUUUGGUGGUGGUCUAUGUUAUACUUGGCUUUAAAAGUUAAGAACACCAUCAGAGCAGGUUGUAGAUGAGAUGCUUAGUUGAGUCUAGCUUACUUUAGUUCGAAUUAAUUUAUCAGCCAGUGAUUUCUAGUAAUUCUUGAAAUGCUAUUUUUCUGUGUGUGUUAGUGAGUCGGUGGGUGCUUCUAGUGUAAGUGUACGUCCUUGAUUAUUUACAGCGAAGAGCGUUUUAUUUUGCUAUUUAAAAAAGAAUGAAUGUUUCACAUUGCUUUCUAGCAUUUAGCCCAGAUUUGCUUGAUAGCUUAACAGCGUUACCAUCUACUGUGCACUAACGUGCUAUAAAGGAGUUGAAGAUGUGUAUGGAAUGAGAAAUGUCUGCUGAAAUCUCUAUUAAAAAUGUAUAAAUCUGAA